AUGUGCUGUCACAUCGACCACACAUGUCUGCAGGUCCUGCAUUCAUAUCGAUACGCCAUAUGUGCAUCAGUACUAACGCCGAGCCAGUCUAAGCGCACUGUCAAGGUCGGAAUCACAGGCAAGUACGGCACGCGUUACGGCUCGUCGCUUCGUCGCCAAAUCAAGAAGAUCGAAGUCUUGCAGCACAGUCGCUACACAUGCUCGUUCUGCGGUAAGGACACCGUCAAGCGCAAGGCCGUGGGUAUUUGGGGCUGCAGCGCUUGCAAGAAGGUCGUUGCCGGUGGUGCGUGGUCGAUGAACACCACUGCUGCCGCUACCGUCCGCAGCACGAUCCGUCGUCUGCGUGAGAUUAGCGAGGCGUAA